AUGAUACCAAACCAUGUACUAAUCAUCGGUCCUCCAAGUAGUGGAAAAUUACGUAUAGCUGAUCAUAUUCUGAAAAGUGAUGCUAGCUCCACAAGGUCAACAGUUGAUGAAAAAUCACAUAGUGGGAUAAUUCAGAUAACCUCAUUAUCCACUAAGUAUUACACCUUGUCCUUGAAACUCAUGAUUGACGAAUACCCAUCCAGUCGUAACCACUCACUCACCAAUGAAGGGUAUAUACAAAAGUUGAAGGACUGGAAAGAAGAGUUUUUUACUGAAGAGAUGGGGGAACUAAGAGAGGCACUUGACGGAGUUAUUUUUACAUUCAACAUGAAUACAUAUCAAUCGAAUUUUCUACCCAACUUGUUGAAUGAAAUAGAUGAAAUACGAGCUAGGCUAGAGCAAGAAGGAAAUACGGGUGGCUUUUUGGCUGUUGUUGGAACUGUCCCAACUGGAGAAGGUGCAGAAUUAUUCAGAAUGGAAGCGAUUGAAGACGAGGUGACGAUUCAUGGAAUUGAAUUUAUCAACUUUGAAAAAAGCGGUACCAAUGAAUAUCGAGAGCGGGUGGGGAAGGAUAGGUUGGUGGAGUUGUUUGAAACUCACGAUUGGACUAACAUGGAAUUGCUUGGUGAAGAUCAUAGCAAAUAUCAAGAGAGCAGGGUCAGCAAGCUACAGGAGAUGCAAACUAGCUUGUUGAAUGAGUCCGAACGCAACAUUGACUUGGAGCAAAUGUUCUCAAAAAUCAACUUGGCAAGAGAAAAUGCUAGUAGCCUACCACAAGCCGAAAGAGAGAAGUAUGCCAAGGAAAUAGUAGACGAAUUUAUGGAAUUCAUAUAA